AUGCCAAAGACUCCUGGCAUCAGCAAGGGCAGCAGCAGUAGCCAAGAACUUCCUGCAGCCUGCCAGCCUGCCAAGAGGCUCAACCGCAAGCAAAGCUUAGUUGAAAAGGUGGAAGAAAGUCCCAAAGCAAAGCCUGGGAAGGCUCUUCGUUUUGCAUUUUCUUCUCCUGGUGACUUAUCUUCACCUGGUGCACUCAGCAGUGUUGUUUCUAUUUCCAGUGGUGAAUUGGUAGCCCCUGGCAGCAUGUCUGAAAAUGAAGGGGAUGAGCCUGAAAAGGCUGCAAAGAAACCUGCUUCCAAAGGUGGUAGUAAGAGGCCAGCUUCCAAGAAAGAAGAGAAACUAAAGAAGCCUGCAAAGGCUGCAGCUAGCAAGCCUGCAAAGGCUUCUUCCACAGAGCCUGCAGAGGCUGAAAGCCAAGCAGCAAAGCCUGAUGAUGCUGAAAGCCAACAAGCAGAGAUGGCUGACAAAGAAUAUUGCUUGGUCAACAUUGAAAUUCCACAAGGGGAGAAGCAAACACAGGCUGGUGGCAGGAGCCUGCAAAAGGCUGGGAGCCCGGGAAUGGCUUUGUUCACCUUCAUGGUGGUCAUGGUGGGGCCUGCAAAGGCCAUGGGGGCAUUCCCAUGGUGGAAUGUUCGCUUCUUUGAUGGGAUCUAUUAUUUGAUAGAUCACAACAGUGGAUGGCAAGAGCAGUUGGAGACCUGGGAGGUCAUGAGCCUGGAAGAGGCUAUGCAUGCAGAUCCAGAGAUGGGGAUCUACAUUCAUGGCCACUCACACCUGGGGAGUGGCAGCACAGAGCAUCCACCAAUUUGGAACUCUCAAGCCAGGCAAUGGCUCAUAAGUUUGCAGCCACCUGGCCCCAAUGAUUACUUGGCACUCUCUUUGGACCUCCCUUUGCUAUAUAUGAGGGUGGAAGAAAAGCAAAGGGAGGAAGAAAGAAGGAAUGAAGAGAGAAGGUGGCAAGCCUGCAAAGGCUCCAGGAGCCAGGAAUGGCAGGAAUGGCAGCCUCACAGCUGGUGGGACUGGGAGGAUGCUAGUGGCUGUGGUGGCAGCACUCCUUCCAGCAGUUCCACUGGGUACAGUGGGCCUGCUACUUGGGAGCCUGAAGAAGGCAGGAGCCCCUGGCACCCCAAGUGGAGCAAUGAGCGGUACUUCACAAGGGGCUGGGGCAGUGCCUGCAAAAGGCAUCAGAGAAGGGGCUGUGAACAAAGAGGUGAGCCAGUCCCUGAUCAUCUCAUGGCAAAAAAAACUGAGCUUGCAAAAGGCUUUAAGAAAGAAAUGAUGGAAUUGGUGAAAAAAGCCAAAAAAGCGGCAGAAGCCAGCUCAGAUUCAGAGAUGCCUGAGAAAGGCAAGAAGGAAGAGCCUGCAAAGGCUGCAAGCACACCUGGGGACGAAUCUAGCUCAGAAUGGAGCUAUGACCCCAAGCCAAAAAGGAGGUCUGACAGCCCCAUGCCUGGCAAGCAUGGGCCAAGGUGGAAGGGGACACCUCCAAAUUUGGCAAAAGUGCCUGUGGGCGACAAAAAGGAAUUGGAGGUGGAGAAAAUGUUGAAAGCCAAGAUAAAGGAGGAGGAAGAAGAGGAUGAUGAUGAGGAGGAUAGCGAAGUGAUGGCUAUGGAGGUGAUGGAGGUGCUGGAGGUGGUGGAGGUGGUGGGGCUGGAGAAGGACAAGCCUGAAAAGGCUUUCAAGCCUGAGAAGGCUCACAAGCCUGCAAAGGCUAAGAGCUCGAAGGUGCUGGCAGCUCCUUCCAAGGCAGCUUGGAAUGAUAUGAGCUAUGCCUUGAAGAAGCUUGAAAAAGCUGGGAAGCAUGAACUUCCCCAAGCCUGGAAAGAGGCCCAGGGUGGUGGCCAGCAAGGCAAGAGGCAUUUUUAUUAUAAUGUCUUUUUGCUGGACCCCACCCAAAGCAAGAAGGCUGUGCACAAGGAGAGCCUGGAAAGGCUGACAGUGAAAGAGACAAAAACCAGGGGUUGGUUCACAGCCUCCCAGAUUGGCAAGAUGGAAGGUGCUGAUCCAACCCAGAAGGAUUUUGACUUGCUCUGUCAAUCAGCCUGUGAAGGCUUAAAAGAGCGCCCCCAUGAAGUCAAAGCCUGGGCAAAGAUGGGGGUGAAACAGUACUACUAUGAGAAGACAGGUCCUCAGGAAGAGGAGAAGGCCAAUGAGAGCCUGACAAAGGCUGAGCAAAGGGUUGAGAUGGAAGAUCAGCAUGACUUCGACAAAGCUGAGAAAGCCCUCAUGGCAGACCAAAGUUCACAUCAAGUUGUGCUGGGAAAGAAAAGCUUGAAAAAGGCUGCAGAAAGUGAUGCAGAAGAAGAAGAUGUAGAGCCUGAAAAGGCUUACAAGAAAGCAUACCAAAGCCUGAGCAAGGCUGUCAAAACUUUCAGCUCAUCAGUGGACAAGCUGUUAGUUUUGAAAGAGACAUUGGCCAACAAGGAUGCAGCAGAGCAUGGCAAGCAGCUGACUGCCAGUCUGGAAGAGCUGCAGAGCUUGCAAAAGCAAAAUGAAGACUUGAAAGGGAAGUGGGUUUCCAAGCUUGCAGCCCUGCCUUCUUCCCUUUCACCCAGUGCUGCCAGAGAUGGCAAAAAAAACAAUGAGCUAGGGAAGCUGAAGGAAGAGGUGGACCAACACCAAAAAACUUUGUCCAAGGCUUUGAGCCCACACAAGCUGUGGGCCAAAAAUGCUGGGUUGAUUUGA